AUGGACCUGGAUGGCGAUGGUCCAACAGUGACUUUGGACCAAGGGAAAGUUCGAGGAACUCUGCGUGAGACCGUGGCCCGUUUCUUGGCAGUUCCAUAUGCCGCCGCGGCCUCUGGAGACCAACGGUGGAGACCCCCACAGCCCCUGAAAGACGCCGAAGCUCCUCGACGAAACGUGGCUCUUCAUCGCUGUCCUCAACCAAGUCGACCUACUCAGACCUUCAAUGGCUAUGUUUUGGAAGAUGAUGAGGAUUGUUUGCAGUUGAAUAUUUGGACACCAGUGAAAGCACUGGAAGGUCAGGAUGCUUCAGUGCCAGUAUUGUUUUACAUACAUGGUGGAGGUGGCAAGUGCCAUUCUGCUCACUCUCCGAGAGAAAGUGGACAUCAACUGGCUUUGCAACAAGGCCUGUGCUGCGUGAACAUCAACUAUCGCUUGGGCAUUUUGGGUUUUUUGGCUCACCCCGAGCUUGCAUCCGGAUCUGGCAACUAUGCCAUCUUGGAUCAGAUUUUUGCACUGCAAUGGAUCCAGAGAAAUAUUGCAUCCUUCGGUGGGGAUCCGAAAAAUGUGACCAUUUGGGGCCUUUCCUCCGGGGCACAAUAUGUCUCCACACUGUUGGUAUCCCCUGCUGCUCAAGGAUUAUUCCACAGGGCUAUGGUGCAGAGCUGUUCGGACCUAAACAAUGUUCGACAAGUGGCUGGCAGUUGCGACGUGUGGCUUGGGAAAACUGCAGAAGACUGGGGAUGUGAACUUUGUCAGGAAAUAACUGGCCGAGAAGACAGGCAGAUGGAAGCAAUGCGUUCAGUACCAGUAGAGCAGAUCAUUCGCCAUAGCAUCAGUGAAUCUGCCAAUGACUGCUACGAACCUGCCAUUGAUCGCCGUGCUUCCAUCAAACCCAUGUCAUCCAUGGAAGCGUUGCUGGCGGGAAAUUUUCACCAGGUCCCUGUUCUUCUUGGAGUGACUGAGAACGAUGGCUUGGGUAAAUCUGAAUUGGAGCAGACCAUCUUUUGCCAGUCCGAAGUUCGUUCUCGUGCAGAUUUAGAGGAACUUUUUCGGCGAGACUUUGGUGAAAAUGCUGCUACAGUAUUGUCGCACUAUUGGCCUAAGGAUGUUGAAUCAGAAGCAAGAGCUGUGCAUCAAGCAUUGAGCUUAUUUAGCAACGACCUUUGGUAUUUUGCCGGGACUCAUCUUAUGGCCAAACUCAUGAGUUCCAGCAGUCCGGUCUUUUUGUAUUGCUUUGCAGGUGCAAAACGCAGCAUGCAUGGCAGUGAUAUGGCAUCUUGGAGGGGGGCUUCCAAAAGCAAGCUGUCCCAGAUCAUGUCCAGAUAUCUUGGAAACUUUGCUCGAUAUGGGAAUCCAAAUGGCAAUGAUCUGGUCUCAGAAAGUUCAGCUGAUCUUCCUCAAUGGAAAUCCAUGUCGGAAGCUCCGGAUGAAUGGAUGUUUCUGAACAGCGAAGCAGCAAUGAAAGAGAUUGAUGCUGCCACCUUGCGUUGGUACAACUUUUUGGCCGCGGAAUACUUUUCCAAGAGGAUUCUGCAGAAGGUCAAUGCAAAUGACUGUCACGAUGUACAUGCCAGCAAACGAAUGUGCCGAGAGAAAAGCUGA